GGCACACACCGAGAGUGCGGCAGCAGUAGCAGAAACAGUAGGGGUGAAAAAAAAAACCGAAAGGCAGCCAGCUGCCCAUAAUCAACUGGGCCUGCCCAUUGUUAACAUAUACUUGACCCCUCCAACCUGUGGACGACACAGAUGUCUGCUACCUCUGCCACCUCCCACCGCUUCGACCCCGCCUACUCGGCACCUGGGUUAGGGAGGAUAGGCAGGCUGGCGGUAGAGUGCUGCUUGACUCCAUAAGCAACUACAGUAAGCGAGAGCCACAGACUUUGGUUUCCGUGGAAGACUCUUCGUUUUGACUCCAACCCAGAGGCAGUGAAAGCAGACCUGCUGUAGGUUUCUCGAGGCUAAAGGCGCGCCGACAAAAAGGACCAUUUUAUGGCGCUGCUGUAGUGAUUGCCUGCAGUACAGGAUCUUCUCGUGUUCCAUACCCUCUUAAAUAUCUUUUUUUUUUUCCCUUUCUCAACGAUACCUUGUUAUUGCUGUCUGCAGUCGAAUUUGGAAGACCGGUUAGCGUCUGUGCUGCACUGCUUGGAGCUCCUUAGUUUCGACUUUUGGGGGAAAAGUGCAUCACCUGGACUGCAAAACUGAAAACAAGCAUAAAACAUUCCUUAUCUUUAAAUUUCCAUCAGUGUCGGGGACUGGAACUUAAUUUGUGUCCACAAUUAAAUAACGAAUGGUGGGAAUUUCUGUCCCUUUUCAGUAUCGCACUGAGAAGCACUCCACAAUGCCAGACUCACCUGCUGAUGUGAAGGCGCAGUCCAGGUUGACACCACCAACGAUGCCACCUCCUCCCACCACGCAAGGAGUCCCAAGGACCAGCUCCUUCACCCCGACCACAUUAACAAAUGGCACCAGCCAUUCUCCCACAGCAUUAAAUGGAGCCCCCUCUCCGCCUAACGGCUUUAGUAACGGACCUUCCUCAUCCUCCUCCUCUUCGCUAGCCAAUCAGCAGUUGCCACCCGCCUGCGGAGCCCGGCAGCUCAGCAAGCUGAAGCGUUUCCUCACCACCCUGCAGCAGUUUGGCAACGACAUCUCACCGGAGAUCGGCGAGCGGGUGCGGACGCUCGUGCUAGGGCUUGUGAACUCUACCUUAACCAUUGAAGAAUUUCACUCCAAACUGCAAGAAGCUACGAAUUUCCCACUGCGACCUUUUGUCAUCCCAUUUCUGAAGGCUAACCUGCCGCUGCUCCAGCGCGAGCUCUUGCACUGUGCGCGGCUGGCCAAGCAGAACCCGGCCCAGUACCUCGCUCAGCACGAGCAGCUGCUCCUGGACACCAGCACCACCUCACCCAUCGACUCCUCCGACCUGCUGCUGGACGUCAACGAGAACGGCAAGAGGAGGACCCCAGACAGAACCAAAGAGAAUGGCUUUGAUCGAGAGCCUUUGCACUCAGACCACCCAAGCAAGAGGCCCUGCACUAUCAGCCCUGGUCAGCGGUACAGUCCAAAUAACGGCCUGUCUUACCAGCCCAACGGUCUGCCUCACCCCACACCGCCUCCACCUCAGCACUACCGUCUGGACGACAUGGCUAUUGCCCACCACUACAGGGACUCGUACAGGCACCCCAACCACAGGGACCUCAGGGACAGAGCCAGACCUCUGGGGAUGCAUGGCACACGUCAGGAGGAAGUGAUUGAUCAUCGGCUUACGGACAGGGAAUGGGCAGAGGAGUGGAAGCACCUUGACCAUGUAAGAAAACUGCUGAACUGCAUCAUGGACAUGGUGGAGAAGACGCGGCGCUCGCUCACUGUGCUCAGGAGGUGUCAGGAGGCCGACCGUGAAGAGCUCAACUACUGGAUUAGACGCUACAGUGAUGCUGAGGACCUUAAGAAAGGAAGCAGCAGCACCAGCCAGUCCAGACAGCAGAGCCCCGUCAGCCAGGAUUCCACCACCACAGAAAUUCACCGGGAGUUCCUUCACCGACCGGCUUCUGGAUAUGUGCCUGAAGAGAUCUGGAAAAAAGCUGAAGAGGCGGUGAACGAGGUGAAGCGCCAGGCCAUGUCGGAGCUCCAGAAGGCCGUGUCGGAGGCGGAGAGGAAGGCCCACGAGAUGAUCAGCUCGGAGAGAGCCAAGAUGGAGCGCACGGUGGCGGAGGCCAAGCGGCAGGCCACGGAGGACGCCUUGUCCGUCAUCAACCAGCAGGAGGACUCCAGCGAGAGUUGUUGGAACUGUGGGCGCAAAGCCAGCGAGACGUGUAGCGGCUGUAACACAGCCCGUUACUGUGGCUCCUUCUGUCAGCAUAAAGACUGGGAAAAGCACCACCACGUGUGCGGACAGACGCUUCAGGCCCAACAGCAGGGAGACACGCCGGCAACCGUCAGCUCCUCUGCCACGCCGAGCAGCGGCGCAGGCAGUCCCGUGGACACCCCUCCAGUAGCCACGCCCCGGUCGACGACCCCAGGCACCCCCUCCGCCAUAGAGGCCACCCCUCGCUAGGCAACCAGGCAGCCAACAAACUCGCAACAAAAACAUUUCCUCAUUUGCUCAAAGAUGAUAAACUCUAAUACUACCAGAAAGAAAGAACUUGUCUUGAAGUAGUACUUAUAAGCAGAAGGCCAAUAACGGGUCAUAUUGACUUACCAUUAUUAAAGACACAAAGAUAUUCUUUGUUUUUUUUAUUUUUUAUUAUUUUAAUGAUUGUUUCUUUUUUUGUUUUUUGUUUCAUUUUCGUGUACAUAGAAAAAGAAGAACUGAAAAGACAGCAGAGAAUUACAGACAACUAGAUUUGACCUCCUCCCCUCUGUUAUUUUUCCAGUAGCUGGGAUUUUAAACUAGAUGACCUCAUUAACAGAUGCUUUACCAAACAGCAAACCAAGGGAUUGCUAAUUGCUGUUGAAAGCAAAAAUGCUAAUAUUCAAAUAUAAUAAAGGGACACAUUGUUCUUUUGAACAAUAUGGAGAAAAAAAAAGAAGAAAGAAGGAAAAACCCCUCCAGGGCAUGAACGUUGGAUAGAGUGUAGACAUUUUACUGGGAAGAUGAAUGGCGUCCGUGGGUUACUGACUGAACUUUGAAGACCCUCUGCGAAAUGCACAGAUGUGCGGCAGAUUGGAAGGAAACACAGAUGUUCGUCCUUUUUUUUUAACUUCUGAAAGAAAUAUAAUAAUAUCCAGGUCAACGGAUUGAAAAAUGAAAGCUGUUUAGCGGCGGGAUUUUUAAGAGGAGCAGAAGCAGCACAGGGGGAAAAAAAUGCCAUAAUUAAAGUAAAAGAGGCUUUCUUUUCAACUGUAUAUCCAUAUAUAUAUAUAAUAAAAUAAGGAACACAGCCUGCAGUUGAUUAGCAUUUUCUCCAGCUUUCAUGCCAGCCAGCUGCCCCUUUUCACUCCAGAGCUCUGCGUCACGAUCACAGAGGCCCUCAUGGCCAGACUAUCAGGUUGGUUCCUGGUCAUUUCGACAGCAUCUGAAUAAAAAGCAACAUAUGAGCAAAACAAAGGCAAAGUUAAAGUAAAACCACCUUGGCUACAGUUCUGGCUCUUUCAUGUUUCCCCUGCCUUUCAUGCCCUUUUUAUUUUUAAGAUUAUUUUUUACUUUUGAAGUAUUUCUCUUGGUGUAAAACACUCCUGUCCUGUGAAGUUCUCAAUGGUGAUUUCUUGUAUAUGUGUUGGACAAGUGUGAAGAUGCAUUGUAGUUUAACCUUACCCCACCUCUUUAGGCUCUAUACCCCUUGUUGGUGCAAAACAAAAAAAAACUGUAACUUUCUAAGCUGCUUUUAUAUUUGUAUGUACUAGUGAUAUUUCUCUCGUAGUUCCGGAAAAAAAAAAAGAAGAAAAACCAACUUUUUUUUUUGGUCGUCCUCAUGAAAAGAAACAAGCUAUCUCUCAGAGCUGCUACUUCACUCUGUUUGGAUCUUUUCUGAGAACUAGCAUGCUUCACGGAAUGCUAACAUAGAUGUUUUGUACAAGGGAUGUACAUAAAUGUAUUUUGCACUGUAACAAAGACUCCCUGGGCAUGCUUCUUUUGGCAAACUCUUUAUUAAGUAUUCUAGAGCCAUUUUCACCGAUUUUCUCUGUAGUUGUAGAGUAGCUGUGGAUUUCAUUUUUUUCAGCAAAAAGAAAAUAAAAACUCACUAUUGUUAGUGAUGUUUUAUAAACAUGUAACAAGACUUCAUGAUUUCAAAAAUGAAGGACAGUGCAUGCCUAUCACUGAAAGGUUAAGUAUUGCUGUUUUUACAAAAAAAAGAAAAAAAGAAAAAAAAAGAAGAAACUAACGUUCCAAAUGCAGAGGUGUAGAUUGACAGCUUUAACACUGCUGAAUGCCAGGUUAGACAGUAUUACAAAAGAAUAUAACAUGGAAGUCAGCCAAAGACAGAUCCGAAGGACCAAAAUCUGAUUUUAUUAAAGUUUUAAAAAAUACACACAAAAGCACGAGAUUUUUUUAUUUGAUUUGUUUCCGAAAUGAUCAUCAGGUGAAGCCGUUUCAGCAAUGUUUUCAUAAAAAAUAAUUAACCCUUUACUGUCCAGAACCCAGACCAGAACUGCUCAACAGCUUGGAUAGCAGUACCGACAAAAGUGCUGUGCACAUUUCCAGCAGCCUUUCCACUCUUUUUAGAAAUAGGAAGCAUUCUAAAAAUGAGCAAUAAUUUCUAACUUCUAACUGGUUAUAAGCAACCAGUAAAAACCCUACACUAAAGGAAUACCAAAACCCUCUAAAAUAGUCAAAUUUUCCUGAUGUAAAUUAGUUUUUUUUAGCAAAAAUUUAUUUUGGAUUAUGAAUUUUGAUCAAUACAAAUUUUGAGUACAGUACUUCAUGGGAGUUAAUUGGUUACUUUCAAAUAACAAUGGUGAUAUUGACUGGUUUAGUGUCGCCAUGCUUUGAGACAAACCACAAUUCCUGUAUUGUAGUUGCACUGAACUAUUAAUUUUUGAUAGAUUUUUAAUUUUCAUGCAUCUCCUACUUUCAUUUUUAAAUGCCAACAGAAGCUUCUUUUUUUCCUAGAUGAAUAUAGUGAUUAGAAGCUGGCUUUGUUUUCAUCAUCAACUCUAGUUUUUUAGCACAACUCAAAAUGUAUGUACAGUAUAUUGUGUGUAAUCUUCCAAAUGUAACAUUUAAACAGUAUGGCCUAAUACUCAGGCGAUAUUUCCUGCUUUUAUCCUCUAACGUGUGAAUAUUGACUUUUUUUAAAGACUGAAAAUUUGAUCGCAGUACCUAAGAAGAGGGAAAUGAGCACUUAAUUUGAAGCACACAGAAAGGUUUUCCUUAUGGUCUCCUAAAAACCAUGGUGCUAACAGACUAGUCUUUAACCUCACUGAAGUGGCCUGACGUUGGCUUUGGGCAGUCUGAUUUGCGGGAUCCUCUCACUUUCCUCCUUCCUGAGCCUAUGUUCUAGACUGUAAAGGGUUAAGUAAUCCAAAAAGGUGUCUGACACCCAUUUAUGUCUCAGAAGCUGUGAUUUUAUGUAAAACAGCAAAGCUGUUUUAACACUAGUGUAUUGUAUUUAAAAAGAUUAGUGCAUCAUGUUACUUCAUUUCAGGGCACCCUGGGUAAAAUAAAAAAAAAUAAAACUAAAACCUGAUUUACUGAGCUCUAUCUCCUCCUAUCUUCUCCUCCUGUUUUGCUACAACCUCCUCAGUGGCAAAAAGUUUCACUCUACCUCUGACAGCAUGUAUAGUGCACCAGUAGUUAAACAUACUGGUCUAGUCAAACCAAAUGGGCACAAGAGAACAGGAUACCAAAAGUAAAAGCUCAUACAGCUGCAAAACCAUAUCACUACUUGGUAACAAUGCAGACCUCAUAAACCUAAUGGAAAAAAAAAAACUUUUGUUACUUUCCUUUAUGCCUGUCACUUAUAUACAGAUCAUGUGAAAAGUAUAAUUUGUAGGUAUAACACAUCAAAGAAAUACAACAGUAAUUUAAAAAAAGAAAAUCAGCUCCAUUUAAUAUAAUCAAAACAGCGGUCGCUGAUAAGAAAUAGGGCGUCCUCUAUCUCUCUCUCUCUCUCUCUCUUUCUCUCUCUUUAUCUGUCGUGAGACGUGCUUGUGACAGGGCCGCCUGUCUAUGUUGUUUAGGUGCAUGUCAUGGGGAUUAAUUUGUAAAAAAAAAGGACGUUAUUUAAAAUGAAAACCAUAAAGGCUGGUUGUUUAAAGCAUGCCUGUGUCUCAAAUGCGUUGAAAGGGGGUGGGGGGUGGGGAGAGUGAUGGCAUUUUCCAGUUUGAGAAAAGAAAAAUAUAUAUACAGUACAAACAGAGACAUAUCUAGAAGGGAUACAAGCUGGAGACUGUCGAAAUGCAGACUGAAGAAAACGAGUCGGAUUCUGAAAGUUUUAUUGUGAAAAACGAAAAGGAAUUGAAGUUGUUGUGCAAUACUUAAUUCAGACAUGUACCACAAGUUAAUGGUAGACUAACACUGGGGGGUCAGCACAUCAUGCUUUUGUCAGCAUACUCUUGAGCUUUUAAGUCUACUAUGUCGGAACUGUGGUUUCUUGUUUAUUCUUUGAUUUUUCUUUAGUUGGACUGUAAUGUAUGGUCUGUCAACCUGUGAAUCUUUAAAGUAUGAUUCAGGUAUUGUUGUACUCCUUACUGUGUAAUAAAUAUGUUAAUAUCUGUA